AUGGCCAUGACUCUACUAUCGAUAACAUUUGCUGCAUGCAAGCCUAGAAUUACAUCGGUGAUAUUUUCUAUCACUCUAUCUCAGAUUUUUAACAUUUGUAGAAUCAUAAAAAUGAAGCCGAGUAAUAGUUUAACUGCAAAAAGGCAAAAAUAUGUAAGAGAAGCCAAUUUGCCAAUUGAUCCUGAUUGAUUGGACAAUCACUCAGAUAUGUCGGCUAGCACUUCAAACCUUGAUUUUUACAACGCUGAGUCUUACAAAACAAAUUCAGAAAGUUCUAGAAUUGAAGACUCUGAUUUAUUAAAUUUUUUGAAACUAAAAAUACGAGAAAAGCUGCAAAAACUCCAGGAUAAUAGGAAUUUAAUAAAAAAUUCACUCAGAAUAAAGAAAAGCCAAUUUCAAUCAAUUAAUUUUCAAAAUUGAUUUAAACCUAAAAAAGAUCAGAUGUAUUCUGACUUAUUUUAUUGCAAACUUGCUGACGAAUAUUAUUUUCUUAAAGCUAUUUAUUCUGAUAAAAAAAUAUUUAAAGUUCCGCUUCUUGUUUAUUGCAACUCAAGAUUACGGCAUGAAAAUAUUGUAAAGACUUGUGGGUAUACGAAAAUUAAUAAUCAGAAAUACAUCGUACUUGAAUAUCUGCCUAAAACUUUGUACGAAUAUUUAGAUGAUACUUUAGAUUUAAAACAAAGACUUGGACUAAUUUUAGACAUAGGACGAGGCUUAUGCUUUAUGCAUAUGAAAAAUACUGUGCUAAUGAAUUUGAGCCCUUGGAGCGUCUUUAUAAGUCCUGAAGGAAAAGCUGUGAUAUUUGAUUUGGACUGCUGCAGCAAUUUAAACAUGGAGACUCAGAGCGAAAUGACGUACAAAGAGCAGGAUUUUGCAUCUCCAGAAGCUUUAAAUGGGAAUAGAGGGUUUUAUUGUGAUGUGUAUUCUUAUGGGUUAAUGGUUUACUAUAUUUUGACUCAAGGGCCAUACUCAGAGUAUAUAGGACUGGAUGACAUCCCUGAAAAAUUUCAAGAUAUCGUCAAGGUUAUGCUAACUUCCCCCAGCUAAUUCUGUUUAAUUUUAAACAACUUGAAUUUUAAUAUAAAUUUCACAACUUAAUUAAUUUUUACUUCUCAUUUUUACAAAUUAAAAUCUUUUUAAAACAAAAUUAAUCCCCACAUGAGCAAACAAAAUUUUUUUGUUAGCUCACGGAUAGGGGGAGUAAGAAACAAUCCUUAUGAGAGACCUGAUAUUGAUUUUUGCUAUAAACAGUUUGAAAAUCUAGAGCGAGAGCUUCAAAAUAGGUAA